CUAAAAUUUGGUAUGAGUAAACUAGACUUAAUGAAUAAAAUGUUCAAAAAAUUUCAUCAAAAAAUUUCACCGGGAACUGCCUCAAAUGGCGACGACCGGACAGUAAGGACUUAUUUGACCCUUUUUAUGCAACUUCCAGGACCAAUUUGACUCUUUACUCAUUUGAAAUGAAAUUACCCUUAGGAGAAAUAUUAAUUAAAUAUCUCUAAGGAAAGGUUCUUUAAUGAGUGCAUCCACUUAGAAAAGGAAAUUGAUUUUUAAAGGGAAUCCAUAUUAUGGCCGUUGCAUUCUUAUUUAUAUUACCUUUUUGAGGUUUGACCAAAGCUUGCUCUCUUUGGUACUUAAUUCAAAUAGCUUAUAACCCCACAUUAAUCACACAUGAUUUGAAUGGAGACGAGUAUAUUUUCUUAAUUGCGUGAUUGAUAGGUUACUUUGAAUAUAUGAUUAUGAUAUUUUGGAUAUCUUAAUUUGGCUGUUUUAUAUAUGUUGAGCUCGGAUAUGGAAAAUAUCAUGAAAGGAAAACAAUUAAAAAAUUAUCAAGGCAAGUCCAAGUAUCCAACUAAGGAAAGAGGAGCCAACGAACGUCACAGAUAAAGCUAUAUAAUUGGCGAAAGAUCAAAGGAAGAGAGCGCUUAACGGAGAAAAUAUUAAAGUGAUAUACACGAGAGAAAUACCAAGUCCAAGUGAUCUGAACCUGCUCACGGAGUUCUAGAUAGAGUUCCAUUUUCUCUUCUUACAUUGUAAUUGGGUUAUUGAGGACUAGCUAAGUGUAGCUUCCUCGGGUUGGGUUAAGUGUGUUGUGCGAGCUUUGUUGUAAAGCUGAGAGGCUCUUUACCCGCAAGGUAGAGAUACAUAACUCUUCCUAGAAAGGAUAGAGUUGGGGUGGAUAAAGGGUAGACUAGGAGAGUUUCACUUAUAAUCAUUCAAAGGCUUUUUAGUGAAGUUGUUUAAAAUUCUUCUGAGAGAGGUCGAGGUUUUUUAAUCCCUCUAAGCCAAGGGAUUUUUCCUCGUUAAAUCGUUGUGCACUUUACUAUUUCGCAUUUCCCCCCUGUGUUGCUAACCGUUUCAUCACAAAGUCAAUCACUUCUAAAAACAUUAUAAUUAUGAAUACCAAUUAGUACCCCUAUAUUGUGUCCUUUUAUAUGCAUUGAUACUUGUACUCUUCAAUGAAAUUAAUGGGUCAUAAUUUUAUAUGGUCAAAACUAUCCUUCACUUCCGUUAGCUAAAGUAACGGUAGUUCAAGUGUUCAACCGUCACUAUGAUUUGUUGUUGUUUUGUUCUCUUUAUUUCAUUUUUAAGUUAUUUUUUAAAGGAUUUUUUUUUAAGUUAUUUAGAUGAUAAACUACUACACCAUUGACCCUAAAUUCAUAAAAAAAUCAUAUACGAGUAUUUUAAUGUUUCACAAAAUAUCAAACUUUUUAGUCCUCUGUGUAUGUUUAACUUUUUAGUGAACCUUAGGUUUAAUAUAAUUUUGUGUUUACCUCAUUUUUAAUUAACUUAUGACAAGAACUUAGCCUUUUAGAGAAAUUCAAUUUAUCCCAUAUAACUUCUAAAUUACUUCAAUCACGUAACUCAUACUUGAAAGAGUGAGACUUUUCAUUACGUAAACUCCUAUUUGAAAGAGUAAGAGUUUUGUUAGUAUUUGGAUUCAGGCUUGGAUGUUGUUGUUGUUUAUGUAUUUGGAUUCACUUAGAUUAAGAGCCCAUUUGCUGACCAUGUUAUUCGUUUUAUCAGGCUUAUCAGCCAACGUUUUCACCAAACAUGUAACUUGUUGAGUUUAAUCCAACACGAUAUAGUAAAUAUAUGUAUAAAUGUGUAUGAACAACUCAGUUUUUACGUGGAAACCCGAAAGGGAGAAAACCACGGGACUUUUUAGGCUAAUGUCCAAGCCCUCUCAUUCUCAUUAGACUCUCCUCACCAUUACAUAGUACAAUUUGAGCUCCAUUCAUGGAAUCUUGCAAAACUAUUCUAAAGGAAGAAGGAAGAAGGAAAAACCCCCUUACAUGGAGGGAAAACCUCCUAUAAAUAGGGGAAGGGGAGAAGGGGCUCUCCACCCUAAUGGGCCAAACGGGCCGAUGUCGGGCCUAAUGGCCAAAGUGGGCCGGAAUGGGCCGAAAUGGACCUAGCUGCUCGGGCUCCGUACUGGAUAAUGUUUUGGGCUCCUGAACAGUAAUAGGCCGGGAUAAUAUAUCCCAACACAAGUCCCCCAGUUUCUUGAGUAGUGAGCGUGCGAAUCUGCUCGAGAAAAUAUACUCUUGCCUGCGCUUUACCUCGGUCUAGCUGGAACCUGUGUCUUCGAAUAAUCAUAAUAUAUGAGUGGAUGUCCACACUCCUGAACGUAAUCUGCCGGUGGGGCACCCCCGUUCCCGACGGGGUUGGGCGAAGGGUGCUCCUCCACGGGCACGCUCCCCCUGAAUGCAUCAGGCGAGAGUAAAGGACUCUGACUCGAGCUUUCCAACGGAGAAGCUUAGAGGUCCAUGCAUCUAUAAACCGACGUCGCGGUACUGUCAAAACAUGAUGCACGUGUGUAUGUAUGAAUGUAUGAGGUAUGAUGCAUGAAUGCAUGUAAUGUAUGAGUGCAAUGUAUGAGAGAGGGAAUGCAAGAUGUGAUAGGAGCGGUAGCUCUCAAUGAGAACUCGAGCAUGUCAGCGCCGAGAGGCAGACAUGCUGCAUAACAGACGUUCGUCGCCAUCCUGAAAGGGAUGGGCGACCCUAACGUGUGCCAGACACGAUGGCGCUGGGGCGCUGAUCGUGCUGCAUAAGAGACAUUCGUCGCCAUCCUGAAAGGGAUGGGCGACCCUAACGUGAGCCAGACACGAUGGCGCUGGGGCGCUGAUCGUGCUGCAUAACAGACGUUCGUCGCCAUCCUGGAAGGGAUGGGCGACCCUAACGUGAGCCAGACACGAUGGCGCUGGGGCGCUGAUCGUGCUGCAUAAGAGACGUUCGUCGCCAUCCUGGAAGGGAUGGGCGACCCUAACGUGAGCCUGACACGAUGGCGCUGGGGCGCUGAUCGUGCUGCAUAAGAGACGUUCGUCGCCAUCCUAGAAGGGAUGGGCGACCCUAACGUGAGCCAGACACGAUGGCGCUGGGGCGCUGAUCGUGCUGCAUAAGAGACGUUCGUCGCCAUCCUGGAAGGGAUGGGCGACCCUAACGUGAGCCAGACACGAUGGCGCUGAGGGGCCGAUCGUGAUGCAUAAGACGGUCGUCGCCAUCCUGGAGGGAAUGGGCGAGCCGAGCCGUGAAGCCAGGUACGAUGGCGCUGAGGGGCCGAUCGUACGGCAUAAGACGUUCGUCGCCAUCCUGGAGGGAAUGGGGCGAUCCGAACGUGAAAGAGACACGAUGGCGCUGAGGGGCCGAUCGUGAUGCAUAAGACGGUCGUCGCCAUCCUGGAGGGAAUGGGCGAGCCGAACCGUGAAGCCAGGUACGAUGGCGCUGAGGGGCCGAUCGUACGGCAUAAGACGUUCGUCGCCAUCCUGGAGGGAAUGGGGCGAUCCGAACGUGAAAGAGACACGAUGGCGCUGAGGGGCCGAUCGUGAUGCAUAAGACGGUCGUCACCAUCCUGGAGGGAAUGGGCGAGCCGAACCGUGAAGCCAGGUACGAUGGCGCUGAGGGGCCGAUCGUACGGCAUAAGACGUUCGUCGCCAUCCUGGAGGGAAUGGGGCGAUCCGAACGUGAAAGAGACACGAUGGCGCUGAGGGGCCGAUCGUGAUGCAUAAGACGGUCGUCACCAUCCUGGAGGGAAUGGGCGAGCCGAACCGUGAAGCCAGGUACGAUGGCGCUGAGGGGCCGAUCGUACGGCAUAAGACGUUCGUCGCCAUCCUGGAGGGAAUGGGGCGAUCCGAACGUGAAAGAGACACGAUGGCGCUGAGGGGCCGAUCGUGAUGCAUAAGACGGUCGUCGCCAUCCUGGAGGGAAUGGGCGAGCCGAACCGUGAAGCCAGGUACGAUGGCGCUGAGGGGCCGAUCGUACGGCAUAAGACGUUCGUCGCCAUCCUGGAGGGAAUGGGGCGAUCCGAACGUGAAAGAGACACGAUGGCGCUGAGAGGCCGAUCGUCUGUCAGGACUUCAUCCUGGGAGGAAGGGUGGACUUGGGCGUCGUCCCUCUGUCUGAUCUGGGGAGCUGAUAUUCGUCGUCCACGGCAAAAGAAAGCCUGAUGUUAGCCGAUCGUCGUCGGCCACUUCAUUCUUCGUACUUAAGUUUUGUAAUUAUUCUUUACAUAUGUUUUUCAGUUUGUACUUCCCGGCCAAUAGCGCCGAGGGAUAAAAUCAUUCUUUGCUCCAUGCUCUUCUGGCAUUUUUUUGUUUUUUUUUUUCGGAGUCUUUUAGUCUUUGUUCGUCCUUGGUCCCUGGUCCUGCCGGCGUCCCUACUUCGAGGAGACGUUCGGUGUCCGCCGACAUCGCAAGGAGGAACAGGUUUAUCUACAUCGAGAUUCCCCCUUUUUUCGUUCGUCCGUGGUCCUUUUAGUCUUACCGGCGUCUCUUGCUUCGAAGAGGACGUUCGGUACCCAAGGAACUCGCAGGGACGAACAGGUCUACCCUCACGGGUCCCCGACUUUGUUAUCCCACGUCCAUCGAUCCAUGGUCAUUUGUGGGAUAAACAGGUUUAUCUUGGCAGGCUCCCUUGGUUCGUCUAGCCCCCUCCGCGUCUCUACUAACCUCUACAUCGAGAGGCGUUCGUCUUCGGCGGUUGGAGAAGAUCUGGCACACCCGGGCAAGAUUCCCUUCUACAUAGGAGCUACCCUCCUCUUCUCCCCAUCUUCUUUUUUUUUUUUUUUUUUUUUUUGAGGGAGGCAAUCGUAGUCUUCGUUCGUCAUUGGUCCUUGGUCCUACCGACGUCCCUACUUCGAGGAGACGUUCGGUAUCCACGGACAUCACAAUGAGGAACAGGUUUAUCUGCAUCGAGAUUCCCUGGUGCUUCGUUCGUCCUUGGUCCUUGGUCCUACCGGCGUCCCUACUUCGAGGAGACGUUCGGUAUCCGUAGACAUCGCAAGGAGGAACAGGUUGUCACACAUAAUGGUGGUGGCAUGGCGAACAAAUAUAAUGACGAGGCGAUGGAAAUGCUGGUCGUCGUGCGAAGGCGAAGGUCACCCCCCUGAAGGGAGGGGUGAGCCCGAUCGCUAACUCAAGAAGGUCGGCAUUGGGAGCCGAUAUACAAUGAUCAUAAUGUCGCUGAGCAGUCGGUCUUGAUAAGGAGAUGACAAUAGUGUCCGAUCAGGUCGAUAUAUCCGAGCAACGGCUCUCAUCCACGCAGCGCGGGGAUGAAACCGGUCUUCAAAAAGGUAAAUAUGUCGUGCCGAGAGGCCGAGCAUGAUAUGACAGUGUCGGCAGUAAGAGGCCGACCUGAAAGAAUCAAGCAACGGCCCUCGUCCGCGAGGGGCAGGGACGAGGCCGGUCUUCAGAAGAUAAGCACGCCGAGCCGAGAGGCCGGUCGUGGUAUGAUGAUGUCGGCGACGAGAGGCCGAACAUGAUGUGAUAGUGUCGGCACUGUGGGGCCGACCUGCAAUCUAGCAACGGCUCCCAUCCGCGCAGUGCGGGGAUGAGGUCGGUCUUCAAAAGAUAAACACGCCGAGCCGGGAGGCCGGUCGUGAUAUAAUGGUGUCGGCAAUGAGAGGCCGUCAUGAAAGAACCAAGCAACGGUCAUCAUCCGCGCAGCGCGGGGACGAGGCCGGUCUUCAAAUAUGAUAAUCACGCCAUGCCGAGAGGCCGGUCGUGAUAUGAUGGUGUCGGCAAUGAGAGGCCGACCUGAAAAUUAGGAUGGUCUCACGGCCCUCGGCUGUGAUGGUCUCCUCUAGGCCCUCGGCCUCUAAAUGAUGGAUGAUCGUCUCACGGUCCCCCGCCAUGGUAGACCACUCUAGACCCUCGGCCUCUAGGUGUUCUCUCCUAGGCCAUCGGUCUCUGGGGCGGAGAUGCUCGUCUCACGGUCCUCAGCCGUGAUGGUCUCCUCUUUAGCUGGCCCUGAACGUCUUCCAGACUCGGGCCGAGCGUCUUUUAAUCAUUUCGCUCGAGCGCGUCGAGCGGCUUCAUCUGCGCAAUAAGCAUGGUAACGGGCCGCACGGCCCGUCAAUAAAUAUGCACACACAACCGUCCGCACGGCGGAGUCUUUAACAUCCACGAUUACCGGCCUACGGGCCAUCGUGACCCUCGGUCCGGCUGAUCGUGCGGGGUUAAUGGACGUAGCAGCUCGCGGUGGGGCCAAUUAGCAGCCCGCCGAACGUCACAUAGAGAUAUUCAUCGGUCUGUGAGUUUUCAAACUCAGACCCAAGUUGGUCGCACUGCCCUCGGAAAAACGAGGUUGAGUGCUUUGGUGCCCUCGGGCCCCACAGGCCACGUUUGGCAAUAGUCACUUCGCCUAGUGGCGCAUGUGGUACUAGGGUACUAUCGUCGCUCGAGCACUUGGUGCCGUGCGGACUAUUGCGUACCCCCAGAUUAAAACGCGUCAUCGGGACACUACCCUCUGGAGACGCUCAGAUCGCUAAUCAAAGCCGAUCAAGAGUGGGCUAAUCGAACCCCCCAACAAUUAAAUUUUUAAUAAAAAAGUUGGCUGAACCAAUUAUCACUAGAGCUUCGCUCUGCAUUAUUUAACCUCGGGACAUUUUUAUCCCUAAUAAAUAAUAGUGAUGUACGGGUAGUAAUAAUAGUAUUAUCCUACCAUAAGUCAUUCGGAUACGCUCCGUUCGCUUAAUUAAAGCUGAUCGAGAGCGGGCCAACGGGCCCACAAGAAAUUAAAUAUUCAAUAAAAUGUUGGCUGAACCAACUAUCACCAGAGCUUCGCUCCACAUUAUUUAAUUCGGGACAUUUUAUCCCUAAUAAAUAAUAGUGAUGUAACAGGUAAUAGCAAUGAUAUUAUCCUAUCAAAGGCCAUUCAGAUAUGCUCCGCUCGCUAAUUAAAGCCGACCAGGAGCGGGCCAACGGGCCCACAACAACCAGUCAUUAAUUAAAAUGAUGGUUAAAAAUAACUUAUCACUAGAGCUUUACUCACUUGGAUUUUGCUCGACAUUAUUUAUUUCGGGAGAUUUUAUUCCCUAAUAAAUAAUGGUGAUAAAAAUACUAGCAAUAUUUCUACUUCGUUAAUAAGUACGAAGCAUACUCUACAAAUAAUCACGCACUUUAAUUGGUAAAAGGAUGAGUAAGUGGUACUUAGCUCUUUUUUGGCAUCGAUGCUCGGCCAAGUGAAAAUUUAUGGAGUUGAUUGAAUUCCUUUUUGUUUGACCUGGUCAACCUUGCUAAAGAGCCAAAGACUUCCAUUAUUCAGUCACUCCAGAGUCCAAAGUAUACGUACGUCCAAACCAAGGGCCUCGGCUUAAUGGAAUUCCCCAAUUUGACUUGGUAAAAUUACUCCAAGGAAAGUGGCCCUCAUUGCUUGGCCUCAAAUUGCAGACGUGGUCUGCUCUUGGCCAAAACCUUUACGCGGAGUACAUCUCUUGGGAAAGGCAGAACACCCUCCCUAUUGACUCAGAGGCAGGCCGCACAUGCCGGCCACCUUCCGCCGGUGGAGACGGUGGUCGCGGCAAGACAAGGCCGGCCAGAGGGCGAGGUUUCGUCAGGAGAUCUACUGAGCCUCGGACUAUACCUCCUCCGAGCAGGUGGACGAGCGACCUGCGGUUGACGGCUGAUGUCGAGCGGCGGCGCGGCAGCUCCGGCGGCAGACCCCGCUGUUGGCGACGAACUACUACGUUACAGGCGGAGUUUUUUUUUUUUUUACAGAUCGGGACGCCAAGACUGUAACGCUGCAGCGAGUUCCACCCGGUACCGCAGGACGCCUCAGGAGUUCCAUGCCGGCGGGGGCGGCUCCGGCGACUUCAAAAAAAAUAGAUCUGGAAAAAAUCCAAAUUUGGACUUCCCAGAACCAUUUGUUUUUCCCUUCUUCCUUUUGCUGAAACCAGUCCAUCUGGUAUCAAUUUUCUUUAUUUCUUUUUGUUGAAAAUCAGUUCUUCGUCUCACGUUUGUUGUCGAAGCUGAAGAACACGGUUAGUCUUUUUGAACUGAUUCCCACAGACGGCGCCAGUGUUGAGUUUAAUCCAACACGAUAUAGUAAAUAUAUGUAUAAAUGUGUAUGAACAACUCAGUUUUUACGUGGAAACCCGAAAGGGAGAAAACCACGGGACUUUUUAGGCUAAUGUCCAAGCCCUCUCAUUCUCAUUAGACUCUCCUCACCAUUACAUAGUACAAUUUGAGCUCCAUUCAUGGAAUCUUGCAAAACUAUUCUAAAGGAAGAAGGAAGAAGGAAAAACCCCCUUACAUGGAGGGAAAACCUCCUAUAAAUAGGGGAAGGGGAGAAGGGGCUCUCCACCCUAAUGGGCCAAACGGGCCGAUGUCGGGCCUAAUGGCCAAAGUGGGCCGGAAUGGGCCGAAAUGGACCUAGCUGCUCGGGCUCCGUACUGGAUAAUGUUUUGGGCUCCUGAACAGUAAUAGGCCGGGAUAAUAUAUCCCAACACAACUUUUGAUUUCGCGACCUGGAUUGUGUAAUAAUAAGAAAAAGUUAGGUUGUAGUUACUUUUCUGGCUGUAUUGGCUGAACUAACUGUAGAUGAUUAUUUUAGCUAUUUUGUCAUAUAUUUUUUCCUCUAUUUAAUUAAUAAAAUAUAUUUUAAAUAUUUUUUUUAUAAAUCAGCAGAAUUAGCCAAUCCAGCGACUUCAGUCACAAAUUCAUAAAUAUCAGCAUGAUCAGCUAAUACAGCUGAUUUGGGUAUUACGAAAUAUAGGAUAUUUCAUUACCUAUUUAGAGAACUUCCUAACAGUCCGCAUGUAAUAGUGUUUUACGAAAAAAACAUUACGUACUUUAUAUUGGGCAAACGCUCUCACGUCUUGCGUGAUCAAACGCUAGUUCACUGAUAAGCACAUAUGGCAUAAGAAUCAAACAAUGCAGAUUAAGAUUUUUCUCUGGAAACUUUUGAAUUCCUUUCUGCCUAUUUGUGACAAUCUUCAGAGGAUCCAAAUCAUUCUACAACAUUCAAGAUGUCGUCCCCUGUGUAGGAAUAAUUUUGAAACUACUGACCAUGUCUUUUUUGGAUGUUGUUAUGCUAAGAAAAUAUGGCGGUAUUUUAUGAAUGGUUUUGAGCUAAAAAUGCCAUCCAAUGCUUCAAUUAGGCAAAUUAUGAUACUGUGGUGGAUUGAAGCUGGUUCAAAAACAGUGGGUGAUAUUUUUGAACACAAUAUGCCUGAUAUCAUUACCUGGCAUAUUUGGAAGGUUACGUUUACUCAGCAUAUGUUUGGGGUUUGGGUUCUACCCCUAAUCCAGAACACCUGAUUAUUCAAAUAAAGCUAUACACUCAGAAUUGGGCCUAUACC